CCGCGGCGCCAACAUGGCGGCGCCCAGCGAGGGCCGUGCGGGCCGGGGGUCCUCGCCCUUCCCGGGCACCGACAGCGGCUCCUUCCCCUUCCCUUUCCCCGUCCCGCACGGCGCGGCGGGAGAGCCACCCAAGAAGCCAUGCCGAGCCUGCACGGAUUUCAAGAGCUGGCUCCGCGAGCAGAGGAAGCAGGCGGCCCCGGGCAGCGCGGACGUGGCGGUCACGGAGGAGAAGGAGCCCCCUCCGGACUGUCCCCUGGACAGCGAGCAGCUGGGCCGCAGCACCUGGGCCUUCCUGCACACCAUGGCUGCCUACUACCCUGAGCGGCCCUCCGGGGCACAGCAGAAGGAAAUGAGGGACUUCAUCAACCUCUUCUCCAAGUUCUACCCCUGUGAGCACUGCGCAGAGGACCUGAGGGAGAGAUUACGGACAAACCAACCCGAUACGAGCACCAGGAGUAACUUCUCCCAGUGGCUGUGUCUCCUCCACAACGAAGUGAACAGGAAGCUGGGGAAGUCGGAAUUUGACUGCUCCCGUGUGGAUGAGCGCUGGAGGGAUGGCUGGAAGGAUGGGAGCUGUGAUUAACCCGCAGGGAUUGCUCUGGGAAUCCAGCAGAGCAGUUCAGUCCAUGUGGAGUUGCUGCAGGGACAGUGGGAGACAGUAACUCUGUUUGUGUGGGACUGAUUCAGAGCUGAACCAAUGCCAAAGGGAGAAUUGAAAAUCCUAUCCCAAUGAUAUUUUGAUAAGUGGUAGCAGUAAUGGUACCUGAGGGGUUGAGGCUGCCAGAAACCUCUCAGAUUGGGUCACUGACAAACUCAUUUCAUUAUGACAUUUCCUGAUUUUGGGGGCAUUUGCUUAUUUUUGUGGCUAGAAUUGAUUUGCCCUGAACACAGUGGUGUUCUCCACAGGUAUUGCCUGAUGUUUUAGAAAAUGCAUCUGAUUAAUUGUCAUUUUAAUUUCUGAUAGAGAAAAGUCAUGCUGGGUUUUGUGCCAAGUCUGUAACCCUGGAUUUCUCUUUCCAGGAUCUCCAAGAUUUGUUGUUAAUCUUGCAUCCAAUUCCUUUGAUAAAAAUCCUGAGGGCAGGUACAUUUAAUUUAAAACACUAAAAUCAUGGAGCCCAGAUUUCUCACUUGGGUUUUGUGUUUCAACUUACCAUGUCAGAGGACAAAACACAGUCAAAAUCAUUUCAACUUCUUUACGUAGGUUGUGAUCUCAUCCCUUCCUGCACUCCUGGCUGGGAGAAGUUUGCACAAACCCUGACAACAGCAGGUUCUUUUUUCCUUCCCUGCUUCCUGCUGAGGUUCUCUUGCAUGUUUUAUUGAGCUUCCUUAUGUCAUGCCCCUCAGCACACCUGUGAAUUUACCCUUGGGGUUUUUUUGCAGGUUUUGACUGGAAAUAGCAAUGGUAUUUCUUAUCUGAGACCCAGUGCCUGGGGCUCCUUAGUGGUUGGAGAGCCAGUAACACCUUUGGAGAUACAUUUUAAUAUUUUAUGGCACAGUCAAGUCCUUUAAAGUUGAGUCUGUAAAAUGAAUAUGAGACUUUUAUGGAUUUUUAUGAUUUCUGAACUUACGUCGUAACAUUUCUAAGCACAAACCCGAGUGAGCUGAUAAUGAGUGUGAUUCAAGGUGUCAUUCAGGCUAUUAAAAGUGCUCAGAAAAUUUCCCUAUCACCAUGUUGAGGUUCUUAGAACAAAUAAAUCCCAGCUCUUGGGUUUUUUAUCUUUUGGUAAUAAAGUCAGCCCCCAAAAUAAAGCCCAGUGGGAUCCACUGGAGGGGAGAAGAGCAACAAAAGGGCUGCAUUCCUCCCUUUCAGCAGGCAGGACCCAACUGACUCAGUUCUGUCAGGACACUUUUAGCAGCUGGGGGUGUGGGCACCAAUCCUUCUGGGUUUGGUUGUGCUAAAGCAGGGAUUUUGUGUUCUUCCAUUCCAAUCUGCCCUCAACUGUUCUCUGUGACAAUUUCCUCGCCCACGGAGCAGAUGAUGAGAUUUCUGUCUCAUUUGUUUCAGCGUAAAUGAGCAGGUUGGUGAAGCAUCUGUCCCAUCCUUUGUCACCUCCAUCUAGCAGGGGCCCAGGCUGGGGAGUUGCACUGUCCUGGGAUCCUGGGAUGUGCCAGCCAGGGUCAGGGACCAGCAGGGACACGGGAGCCUCCCAUCACAGCUGUCCACUCCCUGAGUGCAGAGAGGGAAGUGAGGGUGUAUCCAACACAUCCUGGUCACUCUGUGUGCUUCAGGGAGCUGCUGGUGGAGUGCAGGAGGAAAAGCCUGUCCUGUCCUGGCAGGGCUUGGGAAGAGCCUUCAAGCUGAGACUGUCUCUUUAGCAAAUCCUGCCUAAAAAUGAGGCCACCAGCUGUGGCCAGGAUGCUUUUAGGGCAGUUUCUAUCUUUGCCAAGUGGCUAUUUGAUAAAAUCUAUGCUUGCACUCUGUUCUCUCAUGUUUUAGGCUUGGCAGAAGAGCUCUGAUGUAGUUGUUUCUCAGGCAUAUCCUCACCUCUGUGGACUUGACCAUGUGAGGAGUGGGGGAAUUUGUUCUGCUGCUCAUUUGUACCACAAGUUUUAGUCUUGGGUAAGGAAUUUCCAUUGGAGGUCCUCAUACUCCUGUACAGAAAAUUGUGAAUUCUCUACUAACUGCACUUGAUUAAAUCUAGUCUUAAAAAUCUCUGUAUUCAAAUUAUAUUUCUUGUUGAUGUAAAAAUAAUAAAGCAAUUGAGUUCA